AAUCAAAACCAUAAGUUACACUUGUAGAAACUUUCGAGCCGCAGCGAUUAGUGUGGCUAGCAAAGCGCAUCCGGCAGAUGCACUCAAGUGACAAAAUUAGUGGAGGAAACGCUGACAAAAUUGUUGCUUCGACUGGAGCUGUCGUAAGUCCAAUUACAAGCUUGGGCUGCCACACAGACGAGGGCGUUACCAAAGACCAAAAUCACUCUGAAUCGGCGACAGUUUUCCCCCAAGCCUGGUGAUGACAAGUCGCUGGCUGCUAUUGAGUUUGCUACUCUAUUUGGGUGGCCAAGAGGUCUCCACGGGUGUGAUGGAUAACUUUAACGAUGGCCUAAAAAUGGCUGGACAAAUGUUUGGCAUUAACACAGCCGCCGAUGUGGCCAAUUUGGUGGCCAAGGCCUUCUCCGGCCAAUCUAUGACAAAUGUUCCCAACUUGGUAAGCUACGUGCAGAAAAGACUAAAAGGGCCACCGAAUGAAGAGGAACCGGAAGAGGAUCAAUCGGAGCAGGAGUCGGAUACAGAAAAUGCCCAAGAGGAGCCACCGGGGGAGGGCAGCAGCACGCGAAAACCACCUCCAUUAUCCUUUAAUUCCGCAGAUAUGUUCACCAAUAUGCUGAGGAUGGUGGGAUUUGAUACCCGCAGAAUAGGAGCACUAGCCCUGAAUGCCUUGAUUAUGAUAGCCCAGGCGAUUGGAAGUUCCCUGAUGCAAAUGACUCGCGGAGGAUCAAAGAUUGAUGCCUCGGAAUCCCUGUAUGAACCCAGUGACCAACGCCCAAGAUCCCUUUCCAUGGGCUCGCCCAUCGAUUGGUUUAUGCAGCGUUCCGAUAGGCAUAGCAAACGACUGAUCAGGGAUAUUAUGGAUCGUGACCUCGCCGAACACAUCGUUGAUAUGAUCGAGUCCAAGGAGAAACCAGAUGAGGGAAAGAAGGCUGGCUGUUUUAAGCUUCUUAUGUGCAAAAGUAAACCCAUAAUUUGGGGUAUGCAGGAAUCGCUGAAGAAACGACUGGCUGGAGAACCUGAGGAACCCGAUGAAACCGAUAGCUAUUUCAACAAGAAAAUAUUCUUCAAGUAUUUGCCCAGUCUUCAAGAUUUCAAAAAUCAUAGUGCUAGCUGUGAAGCGAAAUAUCAUGAGGAGUGCCCCAAGAAUGCCACUACAGGAAGUUUUGAUUGACAACACUUUAACUUUCAUUAAAUAAUGUAAUCGGAAAUAUUUUUUUAUUUUUUCUUGGUUAAGGGUUGAGAGAGUUGAGUUAUGUUUUGAUACCAAAGAAACUAUUCGAAAACAAUUAUGAUAGUUUUUAAAUCACGGUAAGAAAGAUGAUUUUGUGUAUUCUGAAUCCUUCUUUUUCUUAAAAAAAAAUGUUUAAAAUAUUUGUUUGUUGAAAUGAAGGUUGUUUUUGCUUGGAAAAUAAAAUAAAGAUAUCAUCUUUGAAAUAAUAAUUAUUUCAUAACCAAAAUGCUUACAUCAGAACUGCGUAGGAAUAAUAACGUUUAUUUUUAAACGUUAUUACGUAUUCAAAUUAGGCUGAAUAAAUUUCCAC